AUACUAGUGAUCAUUUUUGAGGUACAGCCUCUAGCCAACAUUUAUGUAGCAACCAAAGAAACACUCUAAGUGAAACCUUAAAUCCGUUUUUUUUAUAUCAACUUAUUGAUAAGAAUAAUUUUGAAAAUUAAAGGUCACUGCACUUAUGCAGAAAAAUGAAAAAAAAAAAUGCCUUGCUCUUUGGAAAAAAGUUGAUAUUCAUCCACACAUGUCUUGUUAAACAAAUGAUCCUCCAAUGUGCAGAUGUCUUUAACUGAAGUGUUGCAGAUGCUCAUAUUAAACGUGCCAAAAUAUUUCUGGCUAUAAAAACAGUAAACAGGAGACAUAAAAAACAAUGGCCAGGCAAUGUAAGAAAGAUAUUCUGUUAGCAUGAUUUUCAUAAUAAGUUUACCUAAGUGGUUAUCAUUUUUUCUUCUUAAUGGCAAUGCCAGAUACUCAAUUCUGUUGCCAAUCGCUGUAUAAAAGACAAAAUUAGAUUUUAAAAUUUGAUGGGAUAUCCAUCCUGGUGAAAAAUAGAAUGUGGUAAUGGAGUGGGUGGUUUCUGGGGGCAAAAUAAAAAAUCCUGAUUGGCUUUAAAAUGGUUUUAUUAGCGAAUGGAGAGUAUGCUGCUUUGGCAGUUGUGCAGAUAAUAUUGUAAGAGAAAGCUACUGGCAUAUGGAUCAUUAAUUUUGAUUAUAAGACUUUUUUAAUGGCAUUGUUAUAUUGAUUUAAUUUUAAGGCUGGCUAGAUCAGGCUUUCUCUACUUGGGUUGAGAAUGCAAAGCAAGUCCAGAGAAAAGAGGCCGCUGAGUCAGUCAGAUGGCUCUAGGCCGCGGUGACAGACCACUGGUGGCGAGCUGGUCUCAGAGGGAACAAAGCUGAGGGUGAGCGCGCCAGGACAGCCGUAACUACGGAGAUGGUUGCCGUGGCUGUGUGAUGAAUGGCGGUGGGCAGGGGGGAGGGAGCGGCGUCCCUGGAGCCAUGGCCGCUCGGCUGCUACAGAAAACACAAGCUGGCUUGGGGGAAGCCAUGGCGACGUCUCCGUCCGCAGACGCCGUUCGCUGUUUCACAAGUGAGACGCCGGCAGUCCAGGCCAUGUCUACCCAGGAGGCAGUGUGUGACCCUGGGGUGGAGCUCCUGUGCUGGGGCUCUGGAGACCUCGGACAGACCGGACGGGGCGGGACCAGGGACGUGUCCCCGCAGAGGGGCGCACUGGAGGCCUUCACCCCGGGGAAUCUGGGAAGGGUCAAGCUGUUUGCGUGCGGCUCCUGCCACUCCGUUGUCGUCACAGUUGACAACAGGAUCUUCACCUGGGGAAACGGAAGCAGUGGACAGCUGGGAAACGGAGAGAGAAACAUGAGGGACCGUCCGUCGGAGGUGUUCCUGCCCCCUGGGGGGUCCGGUGCCGACGGGGGGCGGGCCGCGGAGGUCGCCGGCGUGGCCUGCGGCAGCCGACACACUUUCAUCUGGACCCCCUCCGGAGAGGCCUUCAGCUUCGGCAACAACUUCUACGCUCAGCUGGGCCACGACUUCAGGAAAAUGGACUUCAAGGAGAAUCAGCUGGUGCCACAUUUGUUCCGGAACCUUCCGUCGCAGAGGAUAACGCAGGUGGCCUGUGGGGACAGGCAUACCUUGUUUGCACUGGAGGACGGGAGCGUGGCUGUGUGCGGGGCGAAUGACUACGGCCAGAUCGGCUCACGUUCCUGUGAAGACGCUGCCGUUCCGCGAUUCGUCGAGGACCUUGAGAACAUCACCAGCAUCGCCUGUGGGGCCAAUCACAAUCUGGCCCUCUCAGGCAAUGGGAAGGUGUUCCAGUGGGGGUGCGGACGGGCCUGCGGGAAUCUCAGGAGGAACCUGCCCGUUCCGGAGGAAGUGCCCUUACCCCCCGUCUCGGUGAAUGCGGUGCGAGGGGGCUGCUGGCACAGCCUGCUGCUCACGGAUGAUGGGAAAGUGUAUUCCUGGGGGAUGGGCCAAGAGGGUCAGCUGGGACAGGGGCAGAACAUGGCCUUCCUCUCUGCUCCCUGUCUUCUCCAGUCCGGAGUGCUGUCCCCUGGAGUCCUGCAGAUCGAGGCCGGGGAGAGCUACAGCGCCGCGCUCACAGCGGACGGGGAGCUCUUCGCGUGGGGCAGGAGCCGCGGCGUGAUGGACGCGGGACGCUCCAGGUCCCAGCAGGCGUGGAGCCCGGAGAGGGUGCCGCUGGGGGUUCGGGAGGUGUGUGCAGUGAGCUGUGGAACGUGGCACGCCUUGGCCCUGGUUAGGCCCAGAGCAGAGAUGCGCAGUGGGAAUAGGGAAUCUCAUUUCAGAGAAACUGGAGCUCUCUUCAAAGAAGACAGCAACUAUCCCCAGCCAAUGGAGCUCGAACCAAGAGAAAACAGCAAGCAAGCCCCCCCGGCCGCAGCAGAACCGGGGGACCCAGUGAACCCCGGCGAGGCCGCGCUCAGACGCCGGUGUGGGAACGCUCCGCCCGGGGACAUGGAUAAAACAGACCUCCUCGGAUCGGGGCCCUCGAACGACGACGCGGCGGCGGCCGCCGGGGCCCCAGGCGAGCCGGAGCCCGAGCCGCCAGGAAGCGGGCGCUCGUCAAUCACGCCGCCGGCGGACGACGGCGGGGCCGCCGGUCCCGCGGGGCCGGGCUUCAGAGGGGGGCCGGCCGUCGGCCGUCUGACUCCGCCCCCGUCUCCGGACGGACCGCCGCUCCCGCGGGGACGGGACCCGGGGCGGCCCGGCGGCCUGCCGCGGCUGCAGGGGAGACGCCCACCGCGGCGUGGAUCCAAGCCCGGACAGGUCUCCAGCAGAAAGCCGUGGGUGUGUGACAGCGUCACCGACAGCAGUGUGGCUCCCAGCCCCAGAGGCCUCCAGCAGAGAUCUGUCCCCGGAGCUCCGCCCACUCGCAUGCUCUCCCCUGGCCCCUCCCCCUGGAGGACCAGACACCUCUCACCCCUGAACCCACCCCCCCGACCCCGGGCCCGGCCCACCUCCUCCCCCUCCCUCGCUGGGUGCCAAACCCCCCCGGUCAGCCCCGCGAGGCCCGUUCACAAGCAGGCCACCUACUCCUCCGGCACGGCCUGGAAGGACGUGUCCAUGUCAGCGGACCCCGUGCUGUCCCACAAGCGCGUGGCCACGGCCAACGGCCAAAAGCGAUGACCUUUCACCCCUCCCCUGCAGCUACCGAGCACUCGGACUCCCCGUCCUCCCCCCGUCCUCCCCCCAAAACAGCAGUCACGCUUUUGAUUCCUAACGUUAGCCGAAAAAGACGAAUCAAUUCCGCGAUUUGGCCCUGUUUACAGACAAACAGGUCUAGGAGUCGCUUGGCGGAACACGGCGAACCGUCUGUUUUUCCGUGGGGCAGUAGCCCGUACCGCCCCCCCCCGGAACACGUGUUCGCCGUCCCGAAGACGUCUGACUCUUGGAAGGAAUUUCACGGCGAGGCAUUUCCUGGAUCCGCGUUACAACCCGUCCCAUGUGUGCGCCGCUGCGCUCGCCUGUGUGGGAGAAAUUGAUUUGUUUCAGAGAUCAAUACAUGAAGGAGGAGGUUUUUUUUUUUUUUCUUCCUGCAAACGGGAUGAUUACAAUAAAAACAACUACUUGCUACUUAUUUCCCCUGGAGAACUACAAACGAACAUGACAGUUUUCCGAGGCUCUCUAGUUUUGUUCUUGAUGUUAAGCGCCGUUAGCUCUGAGCGCUCAAUACGACGGCAGAUGAAGGUUCCUGAACGCGCUCACGCACAUACAAACAACGCACCCUCAGCGGCUUCGGUGGUGAGAGAUUUACCGGCUCCUACAGUUUACUCAACGCGGUCGAAGACCUGAGCAAAUUAUGAUGUAAUCCCCUCCAUAGGUUUUCUCAUUGUGGGGUUAAUUGAAGCAAAUGUGCCCUGGUUUCAUGUUUUUUAAGUUUUUCUCGUUAUUCUCUCUUGUUUUAUUAUACUUGUUGAUAGACCUUGUGUAUACAAUCUCCAAGAUUCAUGUUAUUUACACUAAUAUGAAAAUGAGGGUGCGGGGAUUUCCUGAUUUAACCUUGUGAGAAUGGCCAGUCGUUGUGACCAAUGCUGGACUUGAGCUAGUGCCUUCUCGUUGGCAACGUUCCCAUCAAUUAUCCGCAAUUGCUUUUGUCCUUAUGGAUCGGGCCGGGUCAAAGCAGAGCUCCUGUCUCCCCGCGGCCCGGGUCUGAGCAUUCGAACGCUGCGAGGGUUUCCUCCCCGAUCGAUCCCGCGUAACGGGAGUCGAUCGAGCGGCCAUUCCGUCACGGAACCGCUCGCUCUUCCUCAUACCUUCAGCCCAAAGUUAACCCCCCCCCCCCCGCCCCCCACCCCAAACCCACCUGCAGUAUAUCAAUAGCUGCAUUAAUGGGCGUAUAGAUCCACUCCCCCCCCCCCUCCAUCCCACAGCUGUAACCAGCCCCUGUGCAGGUUUAAUUUUUGACAGAUUUAUAACAAAAGUGGAGGUUAUUAUUUAACUCUUGCCUCUUUGACGUGAGCUCUGAUUUAGCGCCCGGUGGGGGGAAGAUGUACAACUGUCCCGGAUAACCUGCACGGCUAGAAAAGGUGGGCCACCUCCAUAAAUCACACGGAGGAACGUCUAGUUAGUCAAUCACUCGAUCUGUAUUCACAGUCGCUGCUGGAAAUUACAGGAGCGGCAAACUGUAGUAAAAGAGCUUACUUCUCCUGUAUUGUCUUUGAAGUGUUAUUGGCAGUCAUCUUUCUCCGGGGACACCAGGUCACUGAAACACAGUCCUGAUUUCAACUGCCUCGCUGAACGUGCGUGUUAGAAUGCAAAUGCAUGUGUGUCUGUCUGUCUGUCCAUCCCUGUGUGUGUGUGUGUGUGUGUGUGUGUGUGUGUUCAGUGGUUUCCAAUUUCCACAUUUUGGCUUCAUAGUUUUUGAAGUCACAUAAUGACUGAGAUUCAUGCUAUUGUUCCAUGGCAUCAAUUGUAAAGCGCUUUGGAUAAAAGCGCUAUAUAAAUGCAGGCCAUUUACCAUUUACCAUGUCUUUUUGUUGUCACACAUAUAUAAAUGCAGAAACGUGAUUCUUUCUUUGUUGUGGUCCCAAUAUUUCUAGUUACUUUGUGUAUUUUAUUGUAUUCAGUGUACCUGUCAUUAACCCUAGUCAGUCCAACUUUAAUGAUACUUUGCGUCUGCAGUAUAGCUGCAAUUCUUUUCAUCAAACCAAUCAUAUAAAUACAAAUGAUUUCGAAGCAUUUAAAGCUUGCAUUGGAGACUGAAGGUUUUGAUAGAAUUAUGGUAUUGCUUUUUGUACUUUAUAUUAUUUUAUGUUAUUUCUACUUUAAAGAGUGUGUUUCUUGUUUGUCCAGAUGGUUACUGUAAACAAUGGAAAACAAUACCUCUCUCAGAUAAAAAUAAAUAAAUAAAAUUAACUCACAAGCAA